AACAGGGGCUUCUAUGUGACAGCCUAGAAAAUGCAGAUGAACGAUCGAGCACACAAAAAUGCUGGCAAUGCCUGCUUGACUUCAGAAGGUUCUCAGAAACCACGGGAAGAGCAGCGCGCUCUACUACUUAUCAUUGAUUUCUCCUCCAGAACAUUAAUUAAUAGGCUAACACUUAUUGAACAUUUAAAAGAGGUUUGUUGUUAGACGCAGAGUGUAGACAUCGGAAAUGAAGAACCCCCAUGUAAAUAUGGAUCAGUGUAAUCCAACCGAGGGAAACAAGAAGUUUAAACGAAAAGUUCGAGGUCUUUUUAAACGUACCAGUGAUGAUAAGGACAUGUUUGAUUCUAAAAAAAUCGUCGACUCAAUGGGACUUCUUGUGGAUGAGGUUUAUGGAAAUAACUGCGAAAAAAGGUUACAAGGUUUAGAUCCAACUACAUCGAAUGGAGAGCACACACGAAAACCGGACAUUUUAAAUACUGCUCUUGAUAUGAAAAUGUAUAGCCUGCCGUCAGUUACUGGGAAUAAAACCGAAACACAGCCACGGACGAUUUCAGAGACAGCAGUUACACACAAAAAUGACACAUCCCCGCAGGCUAUAGUCUUUGAUAAUCAGCAAGCAUUUCCAACGGAUUAUCUCCCGCAAUCGCGUAUUGUGUUAUGCAAACGUUCUGAAAGGUCUCUGUCCUCAACCUCUCGGGCGUCUUACAUCAAUAACAGUGCUGACCCUACAGACUCGCCUAGGAAACGCCUGGGAGAGCCGUCUGGCGUCGUCACAGAGAUCAAAGCCAUUCAGCAGACACGAAGACUACUGGCAAACGCUAGAGAGAGGACCCGCGUGCAUACGAUCAGUGCAGCUUUUGAAGCACUGCGAAAGCAGGUGCCCUGCUACUCCUAUGGACAGAAGCUCUCCAAGCUGGCUAUAUUAAGAAUUGCUUGCAACUAUAUCUUGUCCCUGGCUCAACUUGCAGACCUGGACUAUACACCAGACCACAGCAACAUGAGCUUCAGGGAUUGUGUGGAGCAGUGCACCAGAACCCUGCAAGCUGAGGGCCGUUCUAAGAAGAGAAAGGAAUAAAAUGAAGAUCCGGCUUUGGAGAAAGAAGAAAUUAACCAGGCCUUCUACACAUUGACACAUCCUGAGAGAUUCUAUGUAUCUUACAUGUCUUAUGUAGAUACAACUCAAAGUUCUGUGUGAAUAUAGUGUUUGCAUUUUCUACAGUUGCUUUUAAAGCCAAUUACUUAUUAUAUUUCAAAGCUAUAGCAAAAAUAUUAACAAGAUAUUCCAGGUAAUACUGAUGAGAUAUUCCAGCCUCUUGUUAAGAUAGAGUACAUGCAGUACAGCAACACAUGCAGCACAGGGGAACAUAUUAUGUCUUCACUGCAACUGUGUAAACUUAAAGGAUAAGCAUUCUAGGUUACAGUCCACAUCUUAAUUUCAAUUUUGUUUCCAUUUCUUAUAAUUACACAUUGCAGACUGAGGGACAUACCUUUACCGCUGCUUGUUUAAACAGAUUCCAGCAGAGUAAUGAGUGGAGCCUUUAAAACACCUUUAUUUUUACUUUUACCUUUCUAAUAAAUGGCUUACAGAAUAAAUAUACAUACCUUUAAAUGUUUUUAAAACAAACACACACAUACACAAAAAAACCCCACCCUAAAUGAUAAAGCCUUUGGAAACAUUGAAAAAAUGGAUUAUUAUUCAUGAAGAACAUCAAAAAAUAACAAGGCAUAGGUUGCUGAAAGUAGAAAUCCUGUCCUUUAAGAUUAAAACUGUGAUGUUAUAAAUCUUUGUACUGUAACGUUUUUUUUUUUUUCUCAAAGGACUUUGAUGGUAAACUUUUUACCAAACUUAUCAGCUUGCAUUUUGAAGACAAAUUCAAACUUGUAACGUUUAUAAACUUGGACAGGUUGGAUCAGCAGUUAUACAAUAAGUUUGGUUAUACAAAUUCACACAUAUGACACAUUCAUAACAUAAAUGAUUAAACUACAGAAAUACCUAAUGAUGUAUUAUUAACUGUUUUGCCAGGCUCUGAGCAUUUAUGUAAUAUCAUAAAUGUGCAAUAAAUAUUUGGAAUUGUUUCCAAAAAAUGUAUAUUUCUUUAUUAGGCUAUUAAAUAUCACCCCUCUCUCCUUGCUUCAAUUAUGAAAUCAUUGUCCAUAUGUAUUGAGAAAGUAAAGUCAAAAUAUUUUAUACACUAAUAGCACUAUGAACUGAACCUGCAAAGAUUAUUAUGAAGUAAAAGUAAAAUGAAUUAAUUUUAAAGUAUUCCUGGACAUAUUAUAGCAUUUUUUAAUCACAGCACUUUGUUUUCAAAACAUACUUUGGAUGAGCAUUAAUUUUGGGUUGGAAUAAUGAGAAUAAACAUUAUUUAGUAAA